UAAUAAUAGGAAGAAAAAAAAGUAAUGAGAAUGGACCAAAGUAUGCUUGCAAAUAAAGGUGGCGUAGGAACGGCUUGUUCGAAUUUAUGUCAGUGGCGCUAAAUUCCUCUCCUUCGAAAACUACACUUCCAUUCGAAAUAUAAUAUUCUGCGAUAUUGAACUCAAACUGUAAGUGCUCAAAUUCGAUUCAAAAUUUAGGGUUUUGAAAGAUCCAUAUGUCGACGACGGGUGGACCUAAAGAUAGGGGCUUGCAGCUCAUGGCGGCGCCGGAGAAGAGAGCUCUUGCUCUUCCUCCGAAGCCACCGUCAACGUCUGGAUCUAUGGCCCUUGUCGAGUAUAAUCCUCCCGUGUUCAAGGAAGAGGAGGAAGACAUAGAGAUUAAGCUCCGCCGAAUCAUCGAGAAUGUUCCCGUUCGCGUUAGCAACACCUCUGGUAGCUCAGCUGGUUCUGGCUCCGGCGACUUUCAUCAGUAUCGACAAAUGAGACGGAAAGAGCAAGACAGGCUUGCCCGGAUGGAUGUAGAUUACCAGCGAAGGAAAGAAGAAGCUGAAUUCAAUAUGCGAAGGGAGGAAAGAUUGAAAGCUGCUGAAGAACGAACAGCAAAGAAGCGUUUGAAACGUCAGAAGAAAAAGCAAAGGAAAAGGGAGAAGAAGAGGGUGACAAAUGCAGAUGGGGAAAAGAAUAAGAAAGAAUCUUCAGAUGAAGAAGUGGAGUCCGAUGAUGAAGGACCAAAAUGAACAGUUUGUAUCCAAUACUGAGUUUUAUGUCUCGUUAAAUUAUGUUUCAUACUUAACAUACAGCAUAUUUGUAGCAAGAAGAACAACAGAGUCAUUUGGUGUUCUGGAUUUUUGUAUCUAAAUUCUUUAAUCUCUUUUUUUAGGAUAGAAAAAAAAUUAAAUUCUUAUUC